UGAGGGACUAGAGUCGGUUUUAGCCCAAAUCUCAUUUUCAUUUUGAGAAGCAGAAAGGCACAAUCCUUUGUGCAUAUGAAAUCUUUAAAACACUUGGCACCUACUUUAGAUAAUGGGUCAUGAAGGCAGCCAUUGUUACACAAAUAAUUACAUGCGAAGUGAAUGCUAGGGUUUAAGUGCCUUAACAAUUGUUUAAUGGUAAAUUUGCGUGAAUGUGUUUAGCUGAGGUGAAACGGAUUAUGGCGUCUCUCACUUUACGCCACUAUUUAUAACAAUACAACAGAUAUGCGGCGUUUAAAUGGAGGGAUGCAGUGACCUGUGCGGACGGGAGACGGACCCAUGAAGCGGGAACGUUUAACUGCAGGAGCUGCUGAAGUUUCGCCAUCGGAAGAAAUGCGCAGGAGUUUCCACACGCAGCAGAAGAUCAGCGCAGAGAUCUCUGACCGGAGCCGACGCAUGGACGUUUCUAUUUCCACCUGAAACAUCUCAUGUUGUGUCCUUUCUUAACAAACAUGUCUCCAUUGGAUCACUGGAUCUUAUGUCUGUUUUAGGGAAUCUUGGAAGUUGCGGGUCUGGAUAUUCAGGGCGUUUUUUUUCAUAUUUUUUUGGUUUUGUCAUUAUUGUUUUCAGUCGAUGGUGCACGGAAAGCAUUUUGCUGUCGAAUGUGGAUUUAAUUAGCCAUUAAGUCAAUGUCUCUUUCUUUCUUGACUGAAACGCAAACUCUUUCUACGCGCUUUGGAUAUUUUCUUCUCCCCUCCUGCUUUUGGAGUGAAUUUAGGAUGCUGUGUUUGUCUCCUACAGUAACCCACAACCUGUUAUUCUGGUUAUUAUUUUUCCAAACACCACGAUUAACUGUACCUCUAAUCAUAGGCACAGAAGCUAGCUGUGAAAACGAGGGUGAAGUGUUACACAUUCCCAAUAUCACAGACAACCCCUGUAUCUCCUGUGUGUGUCUGGAUAAAAAAGCGGACUGUAAACAGGAGAGGUGUCUGCCUGUGGCAGAGGACUGUGCGCUGGUGGUCAAACAGACGGGGGCCUGCUGUGAAAGAUGCAAAGGUUGUCAGCUGAAUGGAAACACCUUUAACACCUCCCAUUAUUGGAUCAGCCCUGUGAAGCCCUGUGUCACAUACAGCUGUCAGGAUGGUGUCAUCACUGAAGCAGAAAUCAGGUGUGUUAUUCACUGUAAGAACCCUAAAAUCCACCCAAAGAAAUGCUGCCCAUCUUGUCCAGGCUGUAUUUUUGAGGGGCGUUUAUAUAAGGAGCAAGAGGAGUUUUACCCUGAAGGGAAUCCAUGUAUCAAAUGCAAAUGUACUGGAGGUCAAAGCAUGUGUUAUAAAGUGGUGUGUCCAGUUCUGUCAUGCCCAUCACACCUCAGUCACACUGUGUCUGGUCAGUGCUGCCCUAGAUGUCGUGGUCAGAGGAAGGUGUUUGACUUGUCGCCUGGCAGCUGUCUGUUCCACAGUGAUGUCUAUGAGAAUGGUACAUCCAUCAGCUAUGAGAACUGUACAGCUUGCAUGUGUGUGGACUCUACAGUGGUGUGCAAAAAGAAGUGCUCGCCUGCCGGCAGCUGUCAAGGCCAUGCAUGCUGUGAAGAGUGCCAGUCUCAUAUGAUGAUGGAAGAUGUGAAGUACUGUAGGGUAAAGAACAAGAUCUAUAGGGAUGGUGAUAGGUGGUCCUCUGUUAACUGUUCUUUGUGCACCUGUGUUAAGGGAAAUAUAGAAUGUCAGCCUAAGAAUUGUGUUCCCAUCAUUAGCUGUCCUUUGAAUAAGAUUCUAAACCGCACUGGCUGCUGUCCUGUUUGUACUGACAAGCCAGGCGUUUGUACAGUAUUUGGAGACCCUCACUAUAACACUUUUGACGGGCGCACCUUUAACUUUCAGGGCACAUGUAAAUAUGUGCUCACUAAAGAUUGCUCCCCAGCGGCCAGCUUCACAGUGCUGGUAAAGAAUGAAGCACGUCGCACACGCUCUUUUUCCUGGACAAAGUCAGUGGAGCUGCUCACAUCUGGCAUGAGCAUCAGCCUUCACCAACAUCUUACUGUUCGUCAGAAUGGCACUCGAAUCUCUCUGCCGUUCCACAGCACUGAUGUCCACAUUGACUUGGAUGGAUAUCUACUCAAGCUCACCACCAUCACAGGAUUGGAGAUCACAUGGGACGGAGACAGUCUGGUGGAGGUGGUCGCAGCACCACAUCUAAAGGAGCGACUCUGUGGGUUGUGUGGAAACUACAAUGGCCACAGACAAGACGACACUCUAGGUGGAGAUGGCAAUUUCAAAUUUGAUGUGGCUGAGUUUGCAGAGUCAUGGCGUGUAGAGGACAAUGAGAUGUGUGAAGCACCAAACCGCAGGCCUCUGUCCAUUCUGUGUCCAGCCACAGUAAAAGUGAAGCUUCGUGCACAUAGAGCAUGCCAGACACUAAAGUCAUGGGAGUUUCAGAUGUGUCAUUCUGCUGUGGACUUCCACUCCUUUUACAGGUCAUGUGUGACCGACAUGUGCGAAUGCCCAGUGCAUAAGAACUGCAAUUGUGAGUCAUUCAUAGCGUAUAGCCGAGCGUGCGAGAGAGAGGGUGUACGUGUGCACUGGAGGCCGGAGCUCAGCUGUAUCACUACACAGUGCAAACACGGUGCCGUCUAUGACACAUGUGGACCUGGUUGCACUAAAACCUGCAGUAACUGGAACGAGAUUGGCCCUUGUUACAAGCCUUGUGUCGCUGGUUGCCACUGUCCAGCCAGCCUAGUACUUUUUCAGGGCCACUGCAUAAAAGCUACUUCUUGCCCUGGGUCUUUACCUACAUGAUGCCAGAGAAACUCAGGAGGGCACCGAAGGUGAAGAAAACCAGACAUUCAACUCUGGCAAACAGGACUAUACCUAGAAAAUCACAAACUGUCUUUUGCCAAUCAAACAUUUCUUAAACCACUUUUUUUGAUGUGAGUCAGGAUUCUCAUGUCAUGAGACUUGGUAGCAGUGACCUCAGUGAGGAUAUGUCAUAGCUGGUAAAUUCUUAGUGCCUUUUCAACUUAAUUCAAGAGUAAAUUAGCUUUACUCUGCACCAUCAGGAAGUUGGAGUAAAAGGGACCUGAACUGGACAUUGUUAAAUAGGGUUAAACACAUAGUGUUAUCCAUUUAUUGAAUAAACGUGGUGUUUAAUUAUAACGUUUUGACAAAAAUUAUACUAUUUAAGUAUUUGUUUACUUUUUAGUUUGGGACUCAAAUGUGACUGUUAUAAAAGUACUGUAUUCAUCGGUGUAAUCAUUGUGUACAUGGGUGUUGUGUACAAUGGCAUCUAUUCCAGUAAAUGUUUGGACCCACCCACAUUUUUUUGUUUCCUACGCCUGUGAUUGUGUAAGUGUUAUAAAUGUACAUUACAUUAGACCUAAUAAAAUGCUACUGUCACAAGUUUUUAUCAGAAACUCCAUACCAGAGAAUUAAGUUUUUGUACUGUAGGCAGUUAAGCAGAGAUAUCUUGUUGCAGACAAAUUUAGGAUAUACUGACCUGAAUUGACCUAAAUACUGCAGUUAAUUUGUGAUCAUAUUGUCAUUUAAGGAAUUUUACAGCGGUUUCAUUUAGCACAUUUUAAGUUGUGCUGUCCCGUGGCAAAUUAUUUUUUCAGGCUUCUCUACUAAGGGUGCUGUAAUUACAAGUAACUGUAUUUUUCAGCAACACUCUUAUUCUUUUUAUAGAACCAUUCAAGGAUAUAAGAUGCCGUAAAAUAAGUUAUAACAUUGGAGGGGUAAUUUUUGUGAACUGUUCUAAGUCGAGCAUAUUUUUUAUGUAUUUUGAUGUAUUAAAUACAUUUAAACUUCUAUAUAAAGUGUGACUUACUGAACAUUAAAGGGGACAGGAACAGUUUUUUUUUUAUUAUUAUUAUUAUGUAUUAUCUUAGGGGUACAUAUUUUACUAAAUUCUUUUGCCAAGUAAACAUUUGUAAUUAAGUAUUUUGA